CAAAAAACACCAAAACCGAACAAUGUGCUCGUCAUAAUUCAUUUAAGUUUCGAAACGAUUGAAAGUGUUUUAUUAGUUGAACGAUUCUCUCUCUUGCCUUUUUCUCUACUUGUUCUUCUUUUGAGUCACUUAAUUUUCCUCAUCUGAAUUUUCUGAAGAGUGUUACGUUUUUUUUUUUGGUUCUUGUAAUUCGGUAACGAAGUGAAUAAUAGCAGUGAAUAAUAGUUAAAGAAACAGCAGAAAAAGUUUUUGAACUUUUUGCCGAAAAAUCUUGAAAAGUUGCUGGCACAGACACACACGGAGCGUAGCAGUGCAGCACAGCAAAAAUGAUGAUGAAGUGGCAUAUUUUCGCUGCCAUUAUUUUGAUUCAAUUAAAAACUUUUCACUGUAACACCAUUGAAUUCAGUUCGUACAGUAAAGUUGCAAAAAAUGGCCAGCAACCUAAUGAAGAACCACCAAAAAACACUGAUAAACCGCCACAAAUACAUCGCGCACGCGAGGGUGUGAUUAAUAGUGAUUUAUGGUUUCCAAAAACAUUCAACGACACUGUAGCAGAUAAAUCAACAGGCCGUUCGAUUGAUGAAAGGCGCCCGUUUCCAUUUCCCCUAAAAAAUCUCGUCUAUUCUUCGUUCGAUAAACCCCCAAAUCAUCGUUCCAAUCAUGAGCCACGUAUCAUUUAUGCAUCAUCACCGGUUCAACAGGUGGCACAAGACCGUUUUGUGCCACAUGAAACCGUCGAGCAUUUUAUCGAGAAAAACAAUCGGAAUCGCGUGAAAUCAUCGCCGGUCAUUAAAGAAUCUGAUCGUGAAGAUGACGGCCCACCUCAAAGUCAAGUAGACGCGCCGGCAAAUGAUUAUCAGCCCCCACCACCGCAUACAUAUGCUUUUCCACCCAAUUCGCAUGCACAAUAUCCACCUCCGAGCCCACAAAAACCAAUAUCAGUGUCAUCAUAUCUACCACCACCGUCUGGUGGAGCAAAUUACCCAAUUUAUCCCGGUCCUUUUGCGCCAACAGAAGCGGUCUCUUCUCUGCACACUCAAGCGGAUAAUUCUGGUUCGGUCGAUAGCAUGAGUGGCAUAAAUGAUAUGAACGAUUUGAGCGAUAUGAAUGGAGCGCCGCCCGGCAAAGACGAUGGAAAUACGGAUAACGAUAAUCCAGACCGGCCAUCAGACGACACAAAACUGAUUGAUAAACCUCCAGCAAAUUUUAUACCAAACAAAAAACCGGAUUUUCCUUCGCUUUCAUUUUUGGACCAGGAUUUACAUGACCACGACCAUGGGCAUGACCAUCAUCACUAUGAGUAUAUACACGACCAUUCGCCGCAUGAUCACCAUUUCUACGACCAUGACUCGUUUUCACCAUAUGACGAUUCGCUGAAACAUUUGCACGGAUUUGAUGCAUUCCCCGAAGUCAUAGUCGACGACCAUCAUCAUCACCAAUUUUUCGAUGACCAUCAUCAUCAUCAUGAUUUGCCACCACCUCCUCCUCCGCCACCACCACCAACUACUCCACCACCACCGCCAGAAGAGCCAGAAGAGCCCGAAGAAACACCACGAGUUAAGAAAUAUUCCUAUUUCUAUUUGUCACGAUCGCUUUGGUACAUCCCACUGUACUUCACCGUUUGGUUUACGUUCUAUGUUACCUGGCUCAUUCUGCAAAGUAUCGGACGACAUAAGGUUGAUUUACCAAAUCACUUGGUUAACCGGCGAAGUAUCCGAGAUUUAUCGCACAAAGAAACUGUGGACAAAGUAAAUAUACUAACUGAAUUCGUUAUGUCACAAAUUGAUGAUUUUAAGGAGAAAUAUUUGUAA